ACAAUAGUCAGUGUCAUACAUGUCAAUGUCAAUCAUUACUGGAAAUUUUAUCAAAUGUCAAAUAUUCAAUAAUAAAAUUGUUUCUCACUUCUCAUGUUCAUAAUUAUGUGCAAAUAGUAUUAUAAGUACCUAUAGAGGAAAUUAUAUGCUAGGACGAAGUGAAAUGCGGGAUUUGUAAAAAAGUUGUGCAAAUGUGGACUUUUAAUUUACUUCCAUAUUAAUGUAAUUUUAUUUUAACGCCGAUCUUUACCCAGUUUUCAUUAAGAUAAGGAAAAUGCAGGAGAAACUCGCAUUAGCCGCGCUGUCGGCGGGGCCGGGCGCGGCGCGCAUGCGCGCGUGGCGCCUGCACGCGUACGGCGCCGCGCGCGACCUGCGCCUGGAGGCGGCGCGCGUGCCCGCCCUGCGCGCGCCCGGCGACGUGCUGGUGCGCGUGCGCGCCGCGUCGCUCAACCCCAUCGACGUGGCCAUGCUGGCGGGCUACGGCGCGCGCGCGCUCAACGCGCUGCGGGCGCUGGAGGGCGCGGCCGACGGCGUGGAGUUCCCGCUGGUGCCGGGCCGCGACUUCGUGGGCCACGUGGUGCGCGCGGGGCCCGACAGCCGCCUGCGGCCCGGCCAGCGCGUCUGGGGCGUGCUGCCGCCGCACCGACAGGGCUGCCACGCCGACUUCGUCGUCGUCAAAGACGAAUGGGCAGGGCCUGCGCCGGCCGCGCUGAGCGACGCCGAGGCCGCGGGCGCACUGUACGCCGCGCUCACCGCGUGCGCUGCGCUGCGGGCCGCCGGGCUGGGGGCCGGGGCGGCCGGGGGCGGGGCGCCGGGGGCCGCGGGGCGCGCGCCGCGCGUGCUGCUGCUGGGGCUGGGCGGCGUGGGGCAGGCCGCGCUGCAGCUGCUGGCGGCGCGCGGGGCGCACGUGCUGGUGGGCGCGGCGGCCGACCUGGCGCCGCUGGCCGCGCGCCUGGGCGCCGCCGGGCUGCUGGACCGGCACGCGGCCGACUACGAGCGCCGCCUGCAGGAGGCGGGCCCGUACGACGCGGUGCUGGACUGCGCCGGGCUGGGCGGCGAGGAGGCGACGGCGCGGGGCUGGCAGUUCUCGCGCUACGUGACGCUGACGUCGCCGCUGCUGCGGUCCAUGGAGGCGCGCGGCGUGGCGGCGGGCGCGGUGUGCGCGGCGGCCACGCUGGCGGCGCAGAACGCGCGCGCGGCGGCGGGGGCGCGGGGCGCGGGCCCGCGCGCCGGCCCGCUGCCGCCGCAGGUGCGCUGGGCGUUCUUUUCUCCUUCUGCGACAGACAUCGAACAGCUGCGCCGGCUCGCGGAACGCGGCCAGUUCGGUGUGUGCGUGGAGCAAGUGUUCCCGUGGUGGAGCGGGGCGGAGGCCUACGAGCGGGCGCAGCGCGGCGCGGCGCGCGGCAAGUUGGUGCUAGACUUCACGGCGGAGGCCGAGGGGGGUGGCGAGCCAGCCACAGCUUCCUAAUGACUUUUGAUGUAUUAGGACUCAGGACACGACCAAAUGACACGCGCACAAUACGGCGUCAAGGGCGUUAGUACUCCAGUACCUCGCAGGAUACAGUCAGCCUGAUUAAUUUAGUAUUUAGGUAUAAGUACCUUAGUAUACAAGUAAGAAAAUGACGAUUGCCUUAAUCCAGACACAGUAUCUGUUGUAAGUUGUAACCAACCAGUAGUUACUGUCUCUGAAUGAAAUUAAUUUUUAUCUUCUUACUUGCAUAUCAAAUAACUGAUUUGACCAUACCUACCUGAUGGGAAAGGACACUCACUGGUGAACUCCCAUACUGCAUGCAGCUCACUUUAUCUUAGAACAAAAGUAAUACAUGUAUCAAAAUGACCGUUGAAAACCAGUGUUUACGAUAAAUACAUCAAUCGAGAGGAGUUUAGAAGAAAGCAGGUUGUACGCGAGAACUGUAUAUGUAGUUACUGUGCGACCGAAUGUUGUUAUGUUGCUGUAUUACAAUUAGAAUUACAGGGUUCUGUAAUAGGUAUCAUAGGUAGGUAUAUAAUUAGGCACAUAAUGUGCACUAUAGUAUAAUAAAUAAAUUAUUCUACCUAUCGUCUUUAUUUUUUAAACUGACAGACUUGUACACAAGUUCUUUCUGACCAAUUCCAAAAAGGGAGGAGGUUCUCAAUUCGUUAGCAUUUUCUUGUAUCUAGUUAUCUCCUAAAUAUGACAGCUUCAAACUGCAAGGUUGUGUCUUACUGUCAACUGUGUGGCCAAAGACCUGCCGACUGGCGACAGCAAUAUUCCACGACAUUCGGUACCUGACAGCGGGCCGUCCGUUGGACUGUUGAAGCUCACAACUAUGUAUACGUACACUGCACACAUAUAGUAAUACUUACUGCCUUUAUAAGUGACGUCUGGCGGCUCUGUUACCUUAAGCCAUCAUCUCUAUUUCGUCGAUGAUAUAAUGGUCUUGGUUGGUUUCAAAUGUUUGUUACCUACGUUACUCAUUUUUCCACUUCGAAAGCGUCUAUCUUUGAAACAAUUGAUUUGGCUACGGAACCCUAAAAAGUUACCACUCACCAGAGAUUGUAAAAAAAGUAAAAUGUAGUAGCAGACAGAUCAAUCAAUCCUCUUGUCUUGAUGACCAUGCUAUAUUAUAAUCUAAUUUAGUUCACAAUACUUCCGCUGCGGAUGUCAAACGAAAGGAUUUGAUUGAUAAAACCGGUAACCUCCGAUUCUGAAUUGAAUUAUUGGGUAAAUGAUUUAGCUUGCGUAAAAAUGCUAACUUCAAAUUCAUUCAUUCAACAGACAUUAAAAACCAAAGAUAUUGCUUGGCACCGAUGCUAUGUCUCGAUUUAACCAAACCUCUUGUUGACAAAAUAACAUCGGUUUCCAGAGUUCUUCUCUUUUCUUGUAAAAAAUCAAAAUAAAAACGUCGCCCCACACUAGGAUUUUCUUCUGAUUUGCGGUAUGUAGCUAAGGUACCUACAGUAGGUACCUUUGAAUUAUUUUUUACUUGUUAUUCUACUUUCGUACCCAUAGGUUGCUAAAUGCUAUUGUCCUUGUAAGCUGUUUGUCAUCGGCAAGUCAUGUAUGGGACCAGUAUCAGUACAAUAUCAGCGCGUUGCGCUGCCUUGCACGUUAUGAACUGGUGCCCGUUUCACCGCAGACGUGGGGCAUGUACCCACAUAUUAGAUAUAAGUAUAACUGUAUGUUGUUGUGUUUGUUACAAGUUAUGUUUUGUUUUUUAUUUUGUGCUUUAGUUCAUGUUCUGUGUGAAAUAAAUGUUAUUCAUUUGUUUUAUCUUC